AUGUCUGAUACAUCACGAGAAAAAAUAUAUGGCGUUGAUGCAUCAGAACGUAAUACACGUUUAUUACGUAUUAAAAUUAUACGAGCAGUUGAUUUACAACGACGAGAUUUCCUUGGUGGAUCGGGUGAUCCAUAUGUAAAAGCUUUACUUCAAACACGUGAAAGUCGAAAUCAAACAGUCGAUAUUGCUCGUACACGUACUGUACCUAAAACACUUAACCCAGUAUGGAAUCAAGACUUUAUUUUUCGAGUUGAUCCAACUAAACAUCGACUUGUAUUUGAGAUAUACGAUCAAAAUAAGCUUACGAAAGAUGAAUUUCUUGGUAUGUUUUUCAUUGAAAUAAACUUAAAUAUCCCAUAUGAAUCAGCUGAGCAACCGCUGUUAGUAAAAGAUUAUCCAUUAUUAAAACGAAGUGUUCUUCAACGUGUUCGUGGUAAUGCAUCAGUUGGAUUAUGCUAUAUUAAUUCAGAUACACCAUUAAUACGUACGAAUUCAAUUGAAAGUGCAACUAGUAUUCCACAGAAUGAGCCUGGAUUCGAAAUGAUUAAUCAUCGUGAUGUAGCUGAACCACCAGCUACAGUUCCUGAAGGGCCCUUACCACCCGGAUGGGAAGAGCGAAAAGAUGCUGCUGGUCGAACUUAUUAUGUUGAUCAUAAUUCUCGUACAACAAGCUGGAAUCGUCCAACUGGACGAACUAUUGCUGGUUCUCAACGACCUCAGGCACCAGUUGUUGGUCGACGUCAAAUAGAUGAUAUGGAAGCUAAUAAUGCUCAACCCCAAACUACUACAAGUCCAGUAGCAGCUGCACGUGGUUCAACACCUACUACUGUAACAGAUGGUCUUGGUCCUUUACCGCCUGGUUGGCAAAUGUCAAGGAACGACAAUGAACGUACAUUCUUCAUUGAUCAUAUUAAUAAACGAACAACUUGGGUUGAUCCACGAACAGGUAAACCAAGCCCUCAACCAUCUGCUCUAAGUGAAGUAAAUCAAAAUGGGCCAUUACCAUCAAAUUGGGAAGUUCGCACUAUGCCAGAUGGUCGUGUAUAUUAUAUUGAUCAUACGAAUAAAACAACAACUUGGACAGAUCCACGUGUUGCUGGACCGACUGUUCCAUAUUCACGUGAUUAUCAAGCCAAAUACCAUACGUUUCGUCGUACAAUACCUCGACCUAAAGCUCAUGUUGGUCCACAAGUUGAAUUACAUGUUGAUCGUAAAGAUGUUAUGGAAACAUCAUUUCGUGUUAUAAUGAGUAUUAAAGAUGUUGAAGUUCUUAAAACAAGACUUUGGGUAGUAUUUGAUGGUGAACGUGGUUUAGAUUAUGGUGGAUUAAGUCGUGAAUGGUUUUUAAUUUUAUCACGUCAGAUGUUUAACCCAUACUAUGGUCUAUUUGAAUAUAGUGCUAUCGAUAACUAUACACUCCAAGUCAAUCCAUUAUCGGGUAUAUUUAAUGAAGAACAUGUCAAAUAUUUUCGUUUUAUUGGUCGUAUUAUUGCUAUGGCUAUUUAUCAUGGCAAACUACUUGAAGCUUUUUUUAUUCGUCCAUUUUAUAAAAUGUUAUUAUCAAAACAAAUUACACUUGCUGAUAUGGAAUCAGUUGAUCGCGAAUAUUAUCAAUCAUUAAAAUAUAUUCUUGACAAUGAUCCAACUGAAUUAGAUCUUUAUUUUGUUGUCAAUGAAGAAGUUCUUGGAGAAUUACGUGAACAUGAGCUUAAACCUGGUGGUCAACAUAUACUCGUGACUGAACAAAAUAAACAAGAAUAUAUUGAGAUGGUGAUUAAUUAUCGAUUUGUACAACGAAUAAAAAUACAAAUGGAUGCAUUAAGACAUGGUUUUAAAGAAAUAUUACCACUUGAAUAUAUUCAAAUAUUUGAUGAAAAAGAAGUUGAACUUCUAAUAAGUGGUUUAGGAGAAAUUAAUGUUAAUGAUUGGCGAACAUAUACAAUGUAUAAAGGUGGUUAUACACCUGAUAAUGCUGUUAUUCAACAUUUUUGGAAGGCUAUUGGAUCGUUUAAUACAGAAGAGCGUACUCGUUUACUUCAAUUUGUAACUGGUACAUCUCGAUUACCAAUGAAUGGUUUUCGUGAAUUAUGGGGUUCAUCUGGUCCACAAUUAUUUACAAUUGAAAAAUGGGGUGAUCGUACAAAAUUGCCACGUGCUCAUACUUGCUUUAACCGGAUCGAUCUUCCACCCUAUGAAAACUAUCAAGAUUUACGUACUAAAUUAAUUCAAGCAAUGGAGAUGAGUGAAGCAUUCGAAGGUGUUGAUUAA